UAGCUGCGGAGGGCUCUGGGUCGCGCCCCAGUGGGCGGAGUUGUGCUGUGUCCCGCGCGCAGUGCACGCUCUCGCGUUGGGAAACGAAUCCCAGAGAGUAAGCGGUGCUGGUGGGAGGGCGAAAGGGUGCUUCACCAAUAGCGUGUCAGUGUCGAGGGUUGUUUCUGGGCCGCUAUUUUCACGUGCCAGGACCUGGGUGUUGCGUCUGUCUGCGCUAGGAAGUUGCGUAGACUGUGGUGGCGAGACGCUGCCUGCGGAGACCUCGGUUGGACAGGAGGGAGCUGCAACAUCCAGGGAACGACAUGCCAACUGCCAAGCAACUAGCUGACAUUGGCUACAAGACCUUCUCCACCUCCAUGAUGCUCCUCACUGUGUAUGGGGGCUACCUCUGCAGUGUCCGAGCCUACCGCUAUUUCCAGCGGCGUAGCUCCCAGCGCCAGGCUGCAGAAGAACAGAAGACCUCAGGAGUCCUGUAAAACUGGGGCUUUAUUCCUGACCAGAGAGGCCUGAGGCACGCUGUGGAAAGACCUCACCUACAAUCAUGUCCAAGUCAAGAGAACUAGGGCCUUAAUGGUUUUCAAACCCUGCUGGGGAAAAGUGCCCGUGUUUUCUCUGGAUCUGCCAGUUUGGGGAGGCUAUCACAUCAUAACAGGAGUAGGGGGGUAAGGCACACCUACAGACAUUAAAUAUUUUGCCAUGUC